GCGGCGCGUGGCGGGCCCCGGGCGGGCGGCGGCGGCGCCAUGGCCCUGAGCAAGGGGCUGCGGCUGCUCGGGCGGCCGGAGGCGGGGGGCAGCGUCCUGCUGGAGGCGCGCGGCCGCGGGGACGGCCUGCUCUUCGAAGCCGGCACGGUGGCCACGCUCGCGCCCGCCGAGAAGGAGGUCAUCAGAGGCCAGUACGGGAAGCUCACCGACGCCUACGGCUGCUUGGGAGCGCUCCGGUUGAGAUCCGGUGACACGUCCCUGAGCUUCCUGGUUCUGGUGACGGGCUGCACGUCGGUGGGCAGGAUCCCGGAGGCUGAAAUCUACAAGAUCACCGCCACCGACUUUUACCCUCUGCAGGAGGCGGCCGGGGAGGAGGAGCGGCUCCCGGCGCUCAGGAAGAUCCUCAGCUCCGGCGUCUUCUACUUCUCCUGGCCCAGCGACGGGUCGCGCUUCGACCUCACCGUCCGGGCGCAGAAGCAGGGUGAUGACAGCGACGAGUGGGGGACCUCCUUCUUUUGGAACCAGCUGCUGCACCUGCCCCUGAGGCAGCACCAGGUGAGCUGCCGCGACUGGCUGCUGAAGGUCAUCUGCGGGGUGGUGGCCAUCCGCACGGUGUACGCCUCGCACAAGCAGGCCAAGGCCUGCCUCAUCUCCCGCAUCGGCUGCGAGCGCGCCGGCGCCCGCUUCCUCACCCGCGGCGUGAACGACGACGGCCACGUGUCCAACUUCGUGGAGACGGAGCAGACGAUCUACAUGGAUGAUGGUGUGUCGUCUUUCGUCCAGAUCAGAGGCUCGGUCCCGCUGUUUUGGGAGCAGCCGGGGCUCCAGGUUGGCUCGCAUCAUCUGAGGCUCAACAGAGGCCUGGAAGCCAACGCCCCUGCUUUCGACAGGCAUAUGGUCCUUCUGAAGGAGCAGUAUGGGAAGCAAGUGGUCGUAAACCUGCUGGGGAACAGAGGCGGAGAGGAGGUGCUCAACAGAGCCUUCAAGAAGUUGCUCUGGGCUUCCUGCCACGCCGGCGACACGCCUAUGAUAAACUUCGACUUCCACCAGUUCGCCAGGGGCAGGAGGCUAGAGAAGCUGGAGAACCUGCUGAGGCCCCAGCUGCAGCUCCACUGGGAUGACCUGGGCGUGUUCACCAAGGGCGAGCGCGUGAGUCCACGUUUUCAGAAAGGCACUUUGCGGAUGAACUGUCUCGACUGCCUGGACCGAACCAACACGGUGCAGAGCUUCAUUGCGCUUGAGGUCCUUCACCUGCAGCUCAGGAGCCUCGGGCUGAACUCCAAGCCCAUCGCCGACCGCUUCGUGGAGUCCUUCAAAGCCAUGUGGUCUCUGAACGGACACAGCCUGAGCAAGAUGUUCACGGGCAGCCGCGCCCUGGAGGGCAAGGCCAAGGUGGGGAAGCUGAAGGACGGGGCUCGGUCCGUGUCCCGCACCAUCCAGUCCAACUUCUUCGACGGGGUGAAGCAGGAGGCCAUCAAGCUGCUGCUGGUCGGGGACGUGUACACGGAGGAGUCGGCCGACAAGGGAAGGAUGCUGCUGGACAACACGGCCCUGCUGGUGACCCCCAGGAUCCUGAGGGCGAUGUCGGAGCGCCAGGCGGAGUUCACAAAUUACAAGCGGGUCCGUGUGGCCAUGGGGACCUGGAACGUGAACGGAGGGAAGCAGUUCCGGAGCAACCUGCUGGGCACCGCCGAGCUCGCCGAGUGGCUGCUGGACUCGCCCGGGCUCUCCGGCCCCGAGCCCCGGGAUGGCAGCAGCCCGGCUGACAUAUUUGCCGUGGGGUUUGAAGAGAUGGUGGAACUGAGCGCGGGGAAUAUCGUCAACGCCAGCACCACCAACAGGAAGAUGUGGGGCGAGCAGCUUCAGAAAGCCAUCUCGCGCAGCCACAGGUACAUCCUCUUGACCUCGGCACAGCUGGUGGGCGUCUGUCUCUAUAUCUUUGUCCGUCCGUACCACGUCCCGUUCAUCAGGGACGUGGCCAUCGACACGGUGAAGACGGGCAUGGGCGGGAAGGCGGGGAACAAGGGCGCCGUGGGCAUCCGCUUCCAGUUCCACAGCACCAGCUUCUGCUUCGUGUGCAGCCACCUGACGGCCGGGCAGUCGCAGGUGAAGGAGCGGAACGAGGAUUACCGGGAAAUCACCCAGAAGCUCAGCUUCCCCAUGGGAAGGAACAUCUUCUCUCAUGACUACGUGUUUUGGUGUGGCGACUUCAACUACCGCAUCGACCUCACGUACGAAGAAGUCUUCUAUUUUGUCAAGCGCCAAGACUGGAAGAAACUUCUGGAGUUCGAUCAGCUACACCUGCAGAAAUCCAGUGGGAAAAUUUUUAAAGACUUCCACGAAGGCAGCAUUGACUUUGGACCCACCUACAAGUACGACGUCGGCUCCGCCGCCUACGACACGAGCGACAAGUGCCGCACCCCGGCCUGGACGGACAGGGUCCUGUGGUGGAGGAGGAGGCAUCCCUUCGACCGGACAGCUGGAGAACUCAACCUUCUAGACAACGACCUCGAUGCGGACACCAAGGUCAGACACACCUGGUCUCCCGGAUCCCUCAAGUAUUACGGCCGAGCGGAGCUGCAGGCGUCGGAUCACAGACCCGUGCUGGCCAUCGUGGAGGUGGAAGUUCAAGAAGUCGACGUGGGGGCGCGGGAGAGGGUGUUCCAGGAAGUGUCCUCUUUCCAGGGCCCCCUGGACGCCACCGUCGUCGUCAACCUCCAGUCGCCCUCCUCCGAGGAGGAGAACGAGUUUCCUGAGGAUGUGCGCGCCGAGCUCAUGCAGACCCUGGAGAACUACGGGACGAUUGUCCUCGUCAGGAUCAACCAAGGGCAGAUGCUGGUGACGUUUGCAGACAGUCACUCGGCUCUCAGCGUCCUCGAUGUGGACGGCAUGAAGGUGAAGGGCAGGGCCGUGCAGAUCCGGCCGAAGACCAGGGACUGGCUGAAAGGGCUGCAGGCCGAGCUCCUGCGGCAGCGGGAGAGCCUGGCGCCCGUGUCGCCCACCGCCAACUCCUGCCUGCUGGAGGAGGGCUUCGACCUCACCAGCUCGGACUACGAGUCAGAGGGGGAUGUUCUCGAAGAGGACGAAGACUAUCUGGAGGACCCGAGUCAGCCUGUGGUCUCAGACAGCGAGCUGGGCGGCGACGACCUUUCCGAUGCCCCCGGCUCCACGGCGGCACCGCCCAGCAAGUCACCUGCGCUCCCCAAAAAGAAGCAACACCCGACCUACAGAGAUGACGCCGCCCUGGUGGAGCUAACGCAGGAGCUGGAAGCCGUGGGGGACCGUCUCCGCUGUCCAAGUAGGUCUCUGUCGGUCCCCAACAGGCCCCGGCCGCCCCACCCGCCGCAGAGGCCGCCCCCGCCAAGUUUGAUGGUGAAGAAGUCGGCCUCGGACGUGUCCAUCUCCGGCACCCACGGGCAGUACUCCAUCUUGCAGACAGCCAAGCUGCUGCCCGGAGCGCCCCAGCAGGCGCCCAAGGCCAGGACGGGGAUCAGUAAGCCUUACAAUGUCAAGCAGAUCAAAACCACCAACGCCCGGGAGGCAGAGGCCGCCAUCCGGUGUCUCCUGGAAGCCAGAGGCGGCCCCCCAGGGGAAGUCCUAAAUGCCACGGCCCUGAGGGACCAGGAGUCCUCCAAACCAGAGCCCGCGGUGGGGGCCGCCCCGCUCCUGCCCCGCCGGCCCGCACCCAGAGUCCCUGCCAUGAAGAAGCCCACCUUCAGGAGGACCGGGAAGCCCACGUCGCCGGAGGAACUGUCCGGGCCACAGACGGUCCAUUUUACAAUCGGGCCCCCGGAGACGAGCCUCGACGCCCCUCCUCUUGUGACCGUCCCGCCUGUUCCCAAACCAAGAACGCUUCCGCCUGGGAAAGGCGCCGAGAGGAGGCCGAGCGCCGGGAAGCCGGCGCCCGAGGACGCCCCUGCCGGGGCCACGCCGCCCCUCGGGGGGGCUCCGCCUCUUGUGCCCCAGGUGCCCCCGAGGAGGAAGAAGUCCGCCCCGGCCGCCUUCCACCUGCAGGUCCUGCAGACCCACAGCGAGCUCCUCCAGGACCUGGCCCGCGGCGGCCUCCGCAGCGACGGCCCCCCUGCCCUCCGGCCCGACGGCGGCGCGCUCCCCCCACCGCCAGCCAGCGCCCAGACCGAUGGCCGCAAGGAGCCCAGACCAGAGGCGGCCUCCCUCCUGGGUGAUGGCCAGGACCCCUUCUGGAGCCUUCUCCAGCACCCUAACCUGGCGAAUAGCGCCUGGCUGUCCAAGAGCUCUGAGCCCCUGGACGCGGGGACCAGGAACCUCAGGGGGGCGCGCACAGCCCCACGGCCGGUCGGUGGCUCAGCCGCGGAGGAGCCGCCACCAGAGUGCAGGCACCAAGACACGGGUCCCUGGGCCGCCGUGGGCGACACGGACCAGAGGACGGUGCUGCAGGCGUUUGACCCACUGGCGAAGACCUGAGCGGGCGCCGUGCACCGCGCCCUUGCAGAAUGCGUGCCUUCCUCCUUCGGCAGCACUUUAUAGAGACAAGCCCCCUCGCCUCCACGCCUCGCGGAAGGGACGUCCGUGUAAAGGCACACGGAGCCCCCUGCGGACUUCUGCCCCCUCCUGUGUAGUUUACGAAAAUCGCGUCUCUUAAUUCAAUAAGAUUAUUACUCAGC